AUGGCUCCGCUAUCGCUUCAGUCGACCCAUAAGUUGGUCUCGGGAUAUGAGAUCCCUGUCGUUGGUUUCGGUGUUUACCAAACUCCGCCUGAUAUCACAGAGAAGGUGACCCUGAAGGCCUUGGAAACUGGCUAUCGCCAUGUCGACAGCGCCAAGUACUAUGCGAACGAAGCUGAAUGCGCCGAGGCUAUCCGCAAGUCGGGUAUCGACCGUUCCAAGAUCUUCUACACAACCAAGGUCCCCGUCAGCCACAUGUCCUACGAAAAGGCUAAAGAGGCUAUCGAGGCUAGUCUUGCGGAUGCAGCUGGAAUCGGCUAUAUCGACCUGGUGCUGCUCCACGCUCCCUUUGGAGGUAAAGAGGGUCGCCUUGGCGCCUGGCGCGCUCUGGUAGAAGCUCAGAAGACCGGCAAGGUCCGUUCCAUCGGAGUUUCCAACUACGGUAUCCACCACCUCAACGAAUUGGAGGAAUACAUCAACAGCGGCGUGGGUGGUCAGAUCUCCGUUGGCCAAUACGAAAUCCACCCCUGGUGCCCGAGAGAAGACAUUGUCGAUUGGCUGAAGAAGCGCAACAUUGUUGUUGAAGCGUAUUCGCCUUUAGUGCAGGCCACUCGUAUGAACGAGCCCAUUUUGCAGAGUCUAGUCAAGAAGCACAACAAGACUCCUGCUCAGGUCUUGAUCCGGUGGAGCUUGCAGAAGGGCUAUGUCCCUCUCCCCAAGUCCGUGACCGAGUCGCGUAUCAUCGAGAACACGCAGGUAUUCGACUUUGAGCUAUCGGAAGAGGACAUGGAGAGCUUGAAGACAGGGGUGGAUGCACCUGUUUGCUGGGAUCCCGCCAGGGACUCCCGCCUUUGAUAUCCAAGCAAAUAUGCGGAGAUUGGGAUGAGCAUAGGUUCUUCCAAAAGUCUAAAACCUUAAGUUGGAACUAAGCCAAAUCAAUGAUAAAUGAACUAGAAAUUAUUUAUAUUAUGAAA